UUUGCCUAGCAACCCCCACACACUGUAACAAUCAUGGCUGACGAUUGAUUCACUGAGUACAGGUCUACCUGGAGAGAGAAAGACGGACGUCUCAAUCGGAUAAGAAGGCCGUGCUUGGCUGGGGCCUAGUGUAGCCAGGAAUGCUAAAUGCCACCUUAAUAUGUAUUCGUUUAUAUUAUAAUUAAACAAUUGGAAGUUAAGUUUGCAUUCAUAAAACUUAAAGAUGGCUACCACGACGAUAAUGACAAAACCUGGUUCACAGGUCAGCAAGAAAUCCAAACAACUUCUCAGAAGACCAAUACCACCACCGCAACCAUUACCACCUAAAAAAGUGGAGAGUAUACCUGCAAAGAAUGUUGCACUUAGCCAACUUGCACAUCAGGAUUCAAAGUCAAACAGUAGCUCAUGCCGGGGUUUAUCGCCAAUACCAAGUGUUGCACCAACACUUGAAUCCUGUUCGGACAAUGAUAUUGAGGGCUUCCAGACACCAGCUAACACACCACGUACAAGACAAAAGAGUCGAAAAUCACAGACAAGAAGUCAUUCCCCAUCCUACUUAUACCCAUCAGUGAAUGCCAAUGACUGGAGGUUUAUUCUAGAGUCAAGAUAUCAAAAAUGCCGAGAUCACUCCAAAAUGGAGUCAUUCUCUGUUGUGAAGCCUUAUAAACCAAGAGGUCCUGAUCCAUUCCCAUUUCGAGAGCCAGUGCGACCAGCUGAAGUUAGAAAAGAACUUUUGUAUUCAGACUCUUUUGAUAUUUAUAAUUUCAAAUUUCCUGAAUUUACGUUAAAUGACUUUCAGUUUGAUAUAAAUGCUAUAUACAACAUGUCAAAAUCCACAAUGACUGAAGCUGUAUUAUCAAAACAAAAUUACAAGAAAUUAACAACAUUGUUUGCAACAUUUAUUGAAACACCAAGACAAGAGGAAGUGAACACAGUCCAACUAAAAGGUGAAGACAUUCCUGUAGUCAAACCAAGAAUUCCUCAACGGCAAUUGUUGGUUGAAAUGGCAUAUAUAGUACGUCAACAGAUGCGAGACUUAAUGAACAAUGGUAUGCAGAUAGGUAUGGCUGACAUCAGAAGUCUAUCCUCAAAUGCCCAAUUGUCUCCGCUAAGAAAAGACAAAAUGGGCAAGCGAACGCAGAAGAAGGAAUCAGACAUGUAUUGUGCAAAUGAAGCCAUCUUCACGAUGCCUGUUGCUAAAUAUUUUCAAGGUGCUAAACGAAAUAAGUCUCCAUUUAAUGAAAUUUCUAAGAAGGAAGCUGACUUUGACCCAUCUUCCACAAUAACACCCGCCGAGCUUGCUAUUUUGGAUUGCCUGGUAAAUGGGGGUCUGGCAUUGAGUUUGAAGGCUCAUUUCAUCUCAGAGCUACCAGAGAUAACCCCACUAAUGAGAUCGCUAACGUACCUAAACCUUUCUUUCAAUGAUUUCUGGGAUUUGCCUCCUGAGAUAUUAAACUUGAAGCAGCUUGAAGUUCUUAAGAUGCGUAAUAAUCCAAUCAAAGAGCUCCCUCAAGAUAUUUAUAAAUUGAAGAAACUAAGGACUCUUGUUGUCUCGUUCUGUCUCAUUUCAUCAUUACCAAUGAGUUUAUACACACUUCCUCUGCAGUUCCUUGAUUUAUCAUACAACAGGAUAUCUUACCUACCAAAUGAACUUAAACAACUGAAGCAAUUGCGAGCAUUGAAUGUAGAAGGUAACCAACUAGCUGCCCUGCCGGCUGGUUCUUUGAAGCUGAGCAAUUUGUACCAUCUCAGGGUAAAAAAUAACUACAUGCAUCCUUACCUGUGGUUUGAAAACAGCACAAAUAACCCACAGCGGCUAUCUGAUAUGUCUGCAUUAGUUCUGAAGCAACACGAGUUGGAAAAUGCAUAUGUGGACCUGUCUGUGGACUUGCAGAUGAUACUUAACAGUUACACUACUUGUGAUUGUUGCCAGGGACCAUUAUACGGAUCUGGCCUGCGACUUAUACGACCAUGCCGCAAAGCCUUUGGUGUCAAGAGACUGCCAUUCUACUUUUUGUCGUGCUCCCCUCGCUGCAGAGACUUCUUUAUGUCAAAUGUUGAGUCAUUAUCAGAGAUAUUAUAUAAUGAAGAGCCUGAAUAGACAGUGGGCACUUAUUGUGGUGUACUCUUGAUGCUUAUAGAAUAAAUAAUACAGUAAUAUGAAAUUUAUUAGUUUCUUGUUUAUCUAUUUAGAUUGUAUAACUAUAUUUAUAUUGAGGCAGCAAGAGCAAAAUAUAAUGAAACUCAUAUUUUUUGUUUGUCUAAAUGAGACAUGUUGUGGCAAAAUGGUAAAGUUGUCACACAGUCCAGUAUUGAGUAAAUGAGCUAUAAAAUAUGGGAGUUCAAAAAAUUGCUAAAAAUCCAAAUUUG